AAAGAGAAUCUUCACAAUACUGCUAAGCUACAAAUGAGUUUGUUUUGUUGUGACUUAUUUUAUGACUUCAUAAGGAAAUGUUAUCUUAUUUGAUCGCUUUCAUCUAUUUUUAGGUAAAAUUGUUUUAUAAUAUAAAACACGAAAGUUAUAUAAUAAAUGAGAUCAAAAGAUAUAAGAAUAAUUUUAUUUUAUUAUAAAAACUUUCUCAGUCAUGCGCUGAAUCUUCCGGUGUGUAAAGAAGACAAAUCUUGUUUGAUCACCCUGCCUAAAAUUAAAUCCGCAAUCACCAUAGCACAUAGAGAGAGUUGCCACUUGCCACUUCACUUCUUCUUCCGAGCUUUAUUUCCACUCUGAAUACCGUCCUUCUCCUCUUACUACACAAGGUAAGGUUUCACUUUAUCCCUUCGUUUCACUGCUUCAAUACCUUUUCUUCUUUUUCAACCUUAAAAAGUCAACGCUUGUUCUGCCUUUAACUCAGCUAGUUCCUUUUUAUUUAUUUAUUUAUUUAUUCUCUCAACAAACAGACAAGGCAAUGACCCUUCGUCUUUUCUCUUCAACCUCAUUUCUGAGUUUUUAGUUUUCAGGCUUUGCUUUCACAUGAAUCUCGUAGUUGUUACUGUUAUCACAGUAGUUGUCGUGUUUUAUGUGGUGAAAAAUUUGCACUCAAAUCUGUGGGUCCCAUGGAGAACUCAAAGUCACUUCAGGAAGCAAGGGAUAAGAGGCCCUGGCUACCGUCCGAUCUUUGGGAACACAUCAGAGAUCAAACGGCUCUACGCAGAGGCGAAAUCAGAGGCAGGCCCUCUGUUUGACCAUGACAUAGUGAAACGUGUGGUUCCAUUUUACCACAGGUGGGCUUGCGUGUACGGGAAAACUUUCUUGUACUGGUUCGGUUCAACGCCACGGUUAGCAAUAACUGACCCGGAAAUGAUUAAGGAGGUGUUGAUGAAUAAGAGUGGGGAGUAUGGGAAAGUUGCGUAUAACCCCCAGUCCAAGUUGCUGUUUGGACAGGGACUUGUUGGCUUGCAGGGUCAACAAUGGGCAUUUCACAGAAGAAUAAUAAACCUGGCCUUCAACAUGGAGCUUGUUAAGGGAUGGGUGCCAGAUAUUGUGGCAAGUGUCACAAAGAUGCUGGAGAGAUGGGAAGACCAAGGGGGAAAAAGAGAUGAAUUUGAGAUAGAUGUGUACAAAGACCUUCAUGAUCUUUCUGCAGAUGUUAUAUCAAGGACUGCUUUUGGCAGCAAUCAUGAAGAGGGAAAGCAUAUUUUCGACUUACAGGAGCAGCAAAUGCAUCUUUUCUCACAGGCAGUUAGAAGUGUCUAUAUCCCUGGGUUUAGAUAUUUGCCAACUAAGAAGAACAGGGAUAGGUGGAGGCUAGACAAAGAAACACGUGAAUCAAUUCACAAACUUAUUGAGACCAAGAGCAAUUUGAGGGAAAAUACUAGAAAUGUACUUAGUUCUUUGAUGUCUUCCUACAAGAAUGAAGUAGGUGGUGAAGAAAAAUUAGGGGUGGAAGAAAUUAUAGAUGAAUGUAAAACCAUCUACUUUGCUGGAAAGGAAACAACAGCUAAUUUGUUGACAUGGACACUUCUUAUGUUAGCCAAACAUCAGGAAUGGCAAAGUAAGGCACGCGAAGAAGUUCUUCGUGUCAUCGGACACAGUCAACUUCCAGUUGCAGACAAUUUAAAUGACCUUAAGAUUGUUAGCAUGAUAAUUAAUGAAACACUUCGGCUCUAUCCUCCGGCAGUGAUGCUAAUGAGGCAAACAUAUAAAGAUGUUAUGCUUGGGAGCAUCAAUGUUCCUGCUAAGACUCAACUGUUCUUGGCACUGACUGCUGUUCAUCAUGAUAAAGAAAUCUGGGGAGAAGAUUGUCAUAACUUCAAUCCGAUGAGAUUUAGUGAGCCUCGGAAACAUUUAGCCUCGUUCUUUCCUUUCGGUUUAGGCCCUCGAACCUGUGUUGGGCAAAACUUGGCAAUGGUUGAGGCAAAGAUUGCUUUGGCUUUGAUCAUUCAACGUUACAGUUUUAUGGUAUCUCCAAACUAUAUGCAUGCUCCUAUGCUAUUUAUAACUUUGCAGCCUCAACAUGGGGCACAAAUCUUUUUCAGAAGGGUUUCAUAUUGAAGAUUGUUAUUGCCUAUACCCUUUUCUGUUUUGUUUUGAACUUUGUAUGUGAUGAAUCUUUGUAGCUAUAAAUAAAGUGGUGUACUUUUGACAUGUGAAAUCUGUGUUGAUAGCUGGUGAAAAAUUUUCAAGGCAGCAUAAUAUAAAUUGGAUCAUCAAAU